AUGGAGACUCGACGGAUUCGCGAAGCCACAGAGAAUUGUGAGCGCUUGCAGCAACGUUCUCAGCAAAUGGAGGAGAAAGGCCAGACAGUCGGAAGCUACUGGGAGUACCUAGAUUGUCUGAUGGAGGAAAUCAGAAGUGACUGUGAAAACUUAGAGAAGAGCAAGAAAAUGCUGCAGCAAUGCACUGGAAUCCCAGAGCCAGGAGCCUUGUGUCUGCAUCAGAAGAACACCAAGCAACGGAAGGAAGCGACAGCCCAGGCAGAAAAGGCAGAGCAGCAGGACAGGAUGAAGGUUUCCCAGGAGCAAGAGUCAUUGAGCAGGGCUCUGGAGCAGCUGCACCAGGAAUGCUCUGGCCAAGGGCACGCACUGGCCCAGGUGUGCAGAGAGAAGGAGCUGCUGGGCCAGGAGAAGGCUGCCCUUGAGGGCCAACUGGCAGCCAUGGAGCAGCAGCAACAUGACCUUUCCAAGCAGCUGGCAGAGAGCAGGUCAGCAAAGGAGAGCCUGGAAUCCAGCCUGUUUGCUGCUCAGCAGCAGAUAUCUCAGCUGGAGAUCACCAGAAACCAUCUGGAGGCUCAAGUGCUCACGGUCAUGCAGGCCAAGGAGGUGAUAGAAGGACAAGUGAAGCGCCUGCAACAUGAGCUGGAAGCAGAGAGAGCUCUCAGGAGGCAGGAGCAGGAAGACACAGCUCAACAGCUCUUGCAGGCAGAGCAGCAGUGUCAUGAAAGCCUCAGGCUUCAGGGAGCUGCUCAGCAACUGCAAAUAAAGGAGCUCAUGCAAGACCUGGCAAGUGAGCGUGAAAGGCACCGUGCAGAGAUGCAGGGGAUACUGGAGGAAUGGGAAAGAGAGAAGGCCGAGAGAGAGCAGGAGCACGAGAAGGUGCUGUUGGAGAUGAGGCAGAAAGUUGCCACCUCGCAGGCCCAACAAGAAGAGGAGAAAACUAGAUUUGAGAAUGCCAAGCAAAAGGAGAAGAGGGCUUUGUCAGAGGCACUGCUCCAAACUCAGGGAGAGCUCAGCCAAGCCCGGCAGCAGGUCCAGCAGCUCAGGCAGGAGGUGAAGGAGCAGCAAGAGAAGGGGCAGACCAUCAAGGCAGAGCUGCAAGGUGAGCUACAGGAAGCUUGGAGUGAAAUCCAGGCAGCACAGAGGAGGCACAAGGAAGAACAAGAAGGCAUCAAAGAGGAAAUGAAUCUCCUCCUUGAGCAGAGGGAGGCUCUACAAAAGCAGGUGGGAGAGUUGACAUCUCAGCUGGCAGCCUCCCGAGAGUCCCAGGAAAGAACUGUCCAGAGAGCCCAGCAAGAAGUGAAUGAGGCCCAGGAAGAGUCAAGGCAGAAGCUGUUGGAGGUUGAGCAUGUCCAGAAGAUGCUGGAGGAGGCAGAACAUCAGAACAAGGAGCUGCAAGUGCACCUGCAGAACUUGGAGAGGGAAAGGAGUCAUUGGGAAGAAGCAGCACAGCAAAAUUCAGAGCUGCAGGCUUCCGUGAAUGCCGUAGAGAGUGAAAAAGCCAGGCUGAUUCUGUCUCUGGAGGAAAAGGACCUUCGCCUCAGAACGCUGGAAGAAGAGAACCUGGCACACAACAGUUGGAUGUCUCAGCUUCGUUCUACUCUUCAGCAGGCCCAACAGACCUCUUCAACUCGUGCAGGACGACUGCAGGAGCUCAACACCCAGAUCCAGGCCCUGCAGGCCGCAGUGCAGAUGGUGGCUUCCCAGGCAGCUCGAGAGAAGCAGCUACUGCAGGAGCUAGAGAAGUCCCGAGCAGAACAGAGCUUGAAGGACUCUGUGCAUGCGCUGCAGUCUGAGGUGUCCCAGCUACGUGUGACGCUCCAGAGGUCGGUUGUCAAAGCUGUUUCCUUGGAGAUACAGUGUAGAUCCUCAGAGCUGGAGCUGAGGAAGACACGGGAUCAGAUGGAUAUCCUCAGGGCCCACAAUCAGGAGCAGAAGCAGGAAUUGGGGAAAAGUGAGCAAGAUUUGUGGAGGGCAGAAAACAAACACACCACUCAAGAAAUUGCCCUGAAGGAAGAGGCCAGUGAAAGACAGGAAGAGGCUGUGACUCUUUGUCAGAAGGUGCCAUCCGUGAAGAGGAAAUUGGAGAGCCUGGAGAAAGAAAGGAAGGAUGUGCAGCAUGAAUGGGAAUUGUACCAGCAGCAGAUGAGACAUCUGGAAAAGAAGGAUGAAAUGCGUGCACCCCACAUUCCUAGUUGGAAUGAAAUAAGCCAGCCAAUGGCUGGAAUGGAGAGGGAAGGCAUGCAGGAAGACUUGGAGCAUGGGGCUGCUGCCACUUUGAAACAGAGAGGAAGAGGAGAACUCGAAGGAAGAGAGAAUGCUCAAGUCCUGAGUGCUGCUCUGUGUAAGAGUGAAAUGGCCAAAGGGACUUUGAGGAAAGAUUCAGCAAUCCUGCAGGGAAGGGAUCCUGGCACAGGCAUGGGCCAGUCUCAUCUCCAGGUUUCCCAGGAGCAAGAGUCAUUGAGCAGGGCUCUGGAGCAGCUGCACCAGGAAUGCUCUGGCCAAGGGCACGCACUGGCCCAGGUGUGCAGAGAGAAGGAGCUGCUGGGCCAGGAGAAGGCUGCCCUUGAGGGCCAACUGGCAGCCAUGGAGCAGCAGCAACAUGACCUUUCCAAGCAGCUGGCAGAGAGCAGGUCAGCAAAGGAGAGCCUGGAAUCCAGCCUGUUUGCUGCUCAGCAGCAGAUAUCUCAGCUGGAGAUCACCAGAAACCAUCUGGAGGCUCAAGUGCUCACGGUCAUGCAGGCCAAGGAGGUGAUAGAAGGACAAGUGAAGUGCCUGCAACAUGAGCUGGAAGCAGAGAGAGCUCUCAGGAGGCAGGAGCAGGAAGACACAGCUCAACAGCUCUUGCAGGCAGAGCAGCAGUAUCAUGAAAGCCUCAGGCUUCAGGAAGCUGCUCAGCAACUGCAAAUAAAGGAGCUCAUGCAAGACCUGGCAAGUGAGCGUGAAAGGCACCGUGCAGAGAUGCAGGGGAUACUGGAGGAAUGGGAAAGAGAGAAGGCCGAGAGAGAGCAGGAGCACAAGAAGGUGCUGUUGGAGAUGAGGCAGAAAGUUGCCACCUUGCAGGCCCAACAAGAAGAGGAACAAAGUAGAUUUGAGAAUGCCAAGCAAAAGAUCCUGCUGGGAGAGCAGAAGGAGAAGAGGGCUUUGUCAGAGGCACUGCUCCAAACUCAGGGAGAGCUCAGCCAAGCCCGGCAGCAGGUCCAGCAGCUCAGGCAGGAGGUGAAGGAGCAGCAAGAGAAGGGGCAGACCAUCAAGGCAGAGCUGCAAGGUGAGCUACAGGAAGCUUGGAGUGAAAUCCAGGCAGCACAGAGGAGGCACAAGGAAGAACAAGAAGGCAUCAAAGAGGAAAUGAAUCUCCUCCUUGAGCAGAGGGAGGCUCUACAAAAGCAGGUGGGAGAGUUGACAUCUCAGCUGGCAGCCUCCCGAGAGUCCCAGGAAAGAACUGUCCAGAGAGCCCAGCAAGAAGUGAAUGAGGCCCAGGAAGAGUCAAGGCAGAAGCUGUUGGAGGUUGAGCAUGUCCAGAAGAUGCUGGAGGAGGCAGAACAUCAGAACAAGGAGCUGCAAGUGCACCUGCAGAACUUGGAGAGGGAAAGGAGUCAUUGGGAAGAAGCAGCACUGCAAAAUUCAGAGCUGCAGGCUUCCGUGAAUGCCGUAGAGAGUGAAAAAGCCAGGCUGAUUCUGUCCCUGGAGGAAAAGGACCUUCGCCUCAGAACGCUGGAAGAAGAGAACCUGGCACUCAACAGUCAGAUGUCUCAGCUUCGUUCUACUCUUCAGCAGGCCCAAAAGAUCUGGGCCCAGCUGGACGCUAUGAGGCAGAAGGCAGAUCGUGAGGCAGCUGAAGAGAAGCAGGUGCUGGAAACUGAGGUGUCUGAGCUGCGUGUGAGGCUCCAGAGCUCUGAAGAAAGAGCAGAGGCCGUGGCCAUGCAGUGUAAGGCAGCAGAGCUGGAGCUGAAGAAGACAAAAGCUCAGAGAGACCAACUAAAAGCCGAAAAUAAGGAGCUGCUGAAACAGUUGGAGGAAAGGGAGCAAGGUUUGCAGAGGGCAGAAAAGAAACACACCUCUCAAGAAACUGCCAUGGAGAAAGAGGCCAGUGAAAGACAGGAAGAGGCUGUGACUCUUUGUCAGAAGGUGCCAUCCCUGAAGAGGAAAUUGGAGAUCCUGGAGAAAGAAAGGAAGGAUGUGCAGCAGGCUGUUGGAGCAGAAGGGAAGCAGGUGUCAGAGCACUCCAGGGAGGGCGUGGAAUGUGUGCAGGAUCUGGUUGCAACAUCAGCAGAAGUCAAGACAGAGAAGCGUGAAUCAACCACUGAGCCCAGGAGAACUGGCGAGCUGGUGAAACCUGAAGGAAGAAGAAUCAGAAGUUUUAAGAGAGUGUUCCUCCCAGACUACAUAAAGUUGCGUGUCUCUGACUCUGACCAGGAGACUACGUCAUCGUCUCAAGAAGAUGAAUCCUCCAGUAGCUCAGGGGAGCAGUAGCCCUCAUGCUGAGGCACAGCCUGUGGAGAAAGGGGUGUCCCUGCUGCAGUCACAGGCGGCCCAGAACCAGCAGGACCACCUGGAGAGCUGUGCUGGGAGCAGGCAGGACACUCCUGUUGAGUCACAAGGUGCAGAAAGGCCCUCCCUGCUUCCUCAACUUCUCGGAGAAGAGCCAGGGUGCAGCUGGAUGCAGUUACAGUCUUAGCAAUAGUUUGUUUUUAAGGAUAGUA